CUGCCCCAGCGUUCCUUCCGUCAUCAAACAAACAUGGCGGACUACCGAGAGGCGCCCUUGGCCACUCGGCCAAAAACACUGGAUCCUAAUGAGUAUUUCAACAUUUCGCCGGAGCACAGACGCGUUGAACAAGAAAGGGCAGCAAUUCGAGCGAAUCUGAAGAGACAGUACCAGACGCAGCUCAAUAACCCGCUCAGACGAGAGCUCAUUGAAGACCCUGCGCUGACACGUUGGGUUUAUGCACGCACCAACCCGUACCCACAUUUCAGGCCAACAUUCAAGACAUCUCUGUUGGGUAUUUUGUUUGGUGUUGCCCCACUCUUUGGCCUCUACUACAUCUUCAAGACAGACAGGAAUCGGAAGGAGGAGCAGAUUAAGGCUGGAACCCUCCAACGCAGGUUCAGUCUGGCAACAUGAGCUGCGAUGUAUAAAGACCUCCUGUGUGUUCUAGCGAUGAUGUCGGUGUGUGAAGUUAUUAAUAACAAAAUUAAAAUAUAUUGUCAAUAUUAA